AUGUCCUCCAAGCCAGUCAUCCUCGUCACCGGCGGCAACCAGGGCCUCGGCCACGAAGCCCUCAAAGUGCUCGCCCAGCAACAGGCAUACCACCUAGUUGUCGCCGCCCGUUCCGCCGAGAAAGCAGCGGAGGCCAUCCAGCUUAUUGCGGCUGCAAGCGGGUCCGACGCUGCUGCAGACUUUACGCCAGUGGUCAUUGAUCUGACUAGUGACGAGAAAAUCCAGGCCGCAGCGGCCAUCGUCAAGGCGAAAUUCGGCCGUCUUGAUGUGCUGGUCAACAACGCCGGGAUCGCCCGAUCGCCAAAAGGAGACAAUGCCACCCUCCGCGAAGACCUGCGCGAUGUGUUUGAAACCAAUGUCUUUGGCGUUGCGGUGAUGAACGAGACAUUCCUGCCGCUGCUGCGCGCUUCUACAUUCCCACAACGUCGCAUCGUCACCGUCACCAGUGGCCUGGGCAUGUUUGGCGUUGCCCUAACGGAGACAUCGCCUUACAAUGCCUGGAACUAUAGAUUCCCUGUCUACCGGAGCAGCAAGUCUGCUGUCAACAUGUUCUCCGCUGUCGAUAUGAUCGCCCUGCGUGACGAAAACAUUCCAACGGUCCUGGUGGAACCGGGGUACUGCCGCACGGCGUUUGGGAAUUUCCACGGCCACAAGGAUGCCGAUGCCGGUGGGAGGGUGAUUGCUCGUGCGGCCGUAGAGGGCAAUAACAAGGAUCUAUUCUUGAAAGUUAUAGAUGACGAAGGGAAGCAUAAGCAGUUUGGCUGGUAG